CCAAACAUUUGACGUUUGAAUUUAUAUUAUCAAUGGGACAAAGCGUAAUGUAAUUGUUUUGUUUUAAGUUAAUUGUUUUAAUCGAAAUGCCUUUAAAUUGAUUUGAAUAAUAAAUUUAUCAGACAGAAACAUGUUACGUGUGAGUAGAAUUGGAUGCAGAUUGUCAAAUUCAGUCCUUCAAUUGAAAGGAGCUAUUGUGCCAACGAAUCAAAUACGAUGCCUUUUUUCUGGCGAAGAGCUGGGAAUCAAAAAUUACGAAUUGGUUCGAAAACAAGUCAAAGACUAUGUAAAAAAUCCACUGAGAUACAAGCAAAAUUUUGAGAAUCGAUUCGUGGAUGAAGAUUGCAAUUUUACAAAGUAUGAAACUGAACUAAAUAAUUUGCUGCACGUUGUCGAAAAGAGUGAAAGCGAUAUGAUUCUUUUGAAAGAAGCGUUGAAUACAUUAAUUGAAAAACAAAGUGAAUACGAAGGUGAAAAGUACGCCUUUGGUACAGUUAUAAUGCGUACGUUAUACUUUUUGGAUAUGCCAAACAAAGCCAUUGAGUUUUAUCAAAAUAAAAAUCUUCGCAAACUAUUUACCCAAGUCACUGGACAUCAAAUUCUAUUGGAUCUAUUGUUUGAACAUAAAAUGUACGACGAUCUGCUCCGUAUUUACGAAAGUCUCAAUAUAAAGGGACAACUUAAUCGAAAUAGACAUAUUAAUGUUAUCGUUUUGGCAACGUAUUACCAAUUGAAUACUCCAGAAACUUUCCAAAAAGCGUAUACUUUGUGGAAAAAAGAAAAAAGUAUUUCAAGCAAACACCAUUUUCGGAAAAGUCUAACGUUCGUUGCCGGAUUGGCGUUGAAACAAAAUGAUCCUGGCUUAGCGUUGAAUAUUCUAGAGGAUGGUGUUGAUCAUUUUUAUGUGACUUUGCGUCAAAUAAGAUUACUUGCAUGGGCGCAAUUGGAGAAGUUCGAUAAUGUAUUGGAAAUGCUACGAUCGAUACUUCGACACUUCCAAAAAAUAAAAGCUAAAAACAAAUCAUUUUAUCAUCUAACAUCCAUACCAGUUCUUGAUGAUAUAGAAAAAUUACUCAAGGAAAACGGAUCGAAAGAACACAUCGAUGAAUUUAGUGCGUUACGCCGUGAGAUGGAAACAAAUCAACUAGUCACAAACAAGACACUUGACGAUAUGAUGUGUGUACCAUUCCCCGCACAACCGGUGGCAAACACUUUUUAUAAAUCGAAAAAAAAUCAGUGAUGCGAUUUUUGUAAUUUAUUGUGAAUAUAAAAGAAAAAAAUGACCAAUAAAAAUAUGAUGACUUA